AUGGACGGCUUCGAUGCCUCGCUCGGGCUGCGGCAGAUGGCCGAGGAGGACCGGAGCCGGCUGCACCGGCGCAUGGACCGCGCCGUGUCCACUUCCCUCACGCCCAUUGUGCUGGGCCGCAUGUUGUCGCAUCUUCCUGCGGAGGAGGUGAAAGCCAUUGAGCAGUGGGUGGUGGAUGAGGGUGCCUUGCCCGCCUCCGCCGCACGACGGCUCUUUGGCGCCCUGGCGGGCGCGCAGCAGGCUGGCGGCUUCCUGCAAGAUGCCGUGGACGGGGUGCGCCUGGGCGCCGAGGAGCUGUGGGUGAGACUGUCUGAGGAGUUUGCGAGCAGGCCGGAAGAGAUCAACGGCUCCUGGGCGAACUGGCUGCAAGGCCGGCCUCCGUCUCCCAGCGCCCAGUCCGUGGCAGGUGACUUGGAUGAGGACGACGCGGUGUCGGUGGUCUCCAUGGGCCGGCGCCGUACGGUUUCGGCGCUGGCCAAGGCGGCGGCGAAAGCCCCUGCGCCCCGGAUGUCGCUGGGCCCGCAGCUUGGGGGCGGAUAUCCAUCGCUGGCGAAGCAGGGGCCGAAGCGCAACUCCUGUCAGCUCCACUGCCCGGCGGCGCUCUUCCUUUUCACCCAGCCAGGCGCGGCUGAGAGCCGCCGGCGACCCUCGCAGCAGCUGGUCGACUUUGCGGAGGCGGAGAAAGUGGACAAAACGGUGAUCGAGUUCGAGAGCGAGGAGGACGCCGCGCGUGAAGCGGAUGCCAAGGACCGGGACGAAGAUGAUGAUGCUGGGUCUCUGGAGGAGUCCGACACUCAAAGCCGCUUUGAAAGCUAA